AAAGGGUGCGUCGCGACAUCCCAUUCAUUUCUAGCGUGCGCGCGGUUAGCAACUAGCUUAGCUCAGCUAAUGGCACCCCGCGUUAUCUAACAGUCGCACGUAAACAAUAGCCACAACUCGUGUAGUCAACUAAUUGGUUGCCAAGUGUGUUUAUUAAGUCGUUUUGGUGUACUAAUUUCUGUUUCGGCUCCGUUUGUUGCCUUAGUGCUGAAUUAUUGAUCGAGUUGGAAACAGUUAGCACAGCUCGCGCAUUCGGUGUAAUCAUGACGGAGUGCUAUAUUCGUGUGGCGGAGGAUGAAAAUGAGGAGCCGAUGGAGAUUCCGUCCGAAGAGGACGGCACCGUGCUGCUCUCCACCGUCGCCGCGCAGUUUCCCGGUGCCUGCGGCCUAAGAUACCGAAGCCCCGUGUCCCAGUGCAUGAGAGGGGUCCGACUAGUGGAGGGGGUUCUUCAUGCACCAGAAGCAGACUGGGGCAAUCUGGUGUACGUGGUUAAUUAUCCAAAAGAUAACAAGAGGAAGAUGGAUGAAAUGGAUGCCGCAUCGGCGGUGAAGAUCAAGAGGGGCAUCCAGAAGACAUCAGAUUUGAUUGUGCUUGGGCUGCCAUGGAAAACAACAGAGCAAGACCUUAAAGAUUAUUUCGGCACUUUUGGAGAGGUGAUCAUGGUGCAGGUGAAAAGGGAUGCCAAGAGUGGAAAUUCCAAAGGAUUCGGUUUUGUAAGAUUUACUGACUAUGAAACACAAAUAAAAGUCAUGUCCCAGCGGCAUAUGAUCGAUGGAAGAUGGUGCGACUGCAAACUUCCCAACUCAAAGUAUUUCCUGGAACAGGCUGGCCCUGAUGAGCCUAUGAGAAGCAGGAAAGUGUUUGUGGGACGCUGCACUGAGGACAUGACAGCAGAUGAGCUCAGACAGUUUUUUAUGCAGUACGGCGAAGUCACAGAUGUAUUCAUCCCCAAACCCUUCCGCGCUUUUGCCUUCGUCACCUUCGCAGACGAUCAGGUUGCCCAGUCUCUGUGCGGCGAGGACCUGAUCAUUAAAGGAACCAGCGUGCACAUCUCCAAUGCUGAGCCUAAGCACAAUAAUAUUCAUCACCUCUUUUCCAAUUUCCCGGGAAGAAGCCCCUCGUUGGCCGCAAUGUUCGAGCGAUCUCAGUAUCAGUUCCCUUCUUCCCAUGUGUAAAUGCUUUGUCAUCAAAGAGCACAGCUUCACUCUGCAUAUACUGUGUUAGACGGGACGUUGGACUCGGCUGGCCCAGGUUUACCUCAGAACCCUGAGUGAAGUCAAUAAUGGAAGAGCUGAAGACUGAAGUUCACACAGUCCAUCUGUGGAGACUGCUGCUGUAUGCCUUUAACCUGAAAAGGGACUACAUCACUUCACUAACCAGAUUUCCCAGGAAUCCUUUUUGAAAUUACAACGGACAAUUCCCAAUUGGCCGGAGUGCAUGACUAAAGACAGUACAAGGCAAUCUAAAAGCAGAACGACCAGUUGGUUUACGGAUCAGUCCCCAUCACAAAUGACUUCAUGUCCAUGCCCGUGUGUAUUUCCAGCUCUGUUUUAGGCAAGAUGUCAAUGCAAUCAUUGAUCUUGCUUUUUAAGUCUUUCUUUCUUUCUUCUUUUGUUUGAUUGCUUGUGUAUGAUCUGUCUUCACUGUAAAUACAGUUUACCGCAAGUUGAAAAGGCCUAUUUUUCAUACAGUGUCCUGUUGUGGGUGGGGUUUGUGUUGUCAUUGAUUUGAGUCACUGGCAGGAUAUUCAUUUUUCAAAGUACUUAAUAAACAUGCACAGAGGAA